AUGGAGAAUUCAUCAGUUGGAGAUGAUGUUCGUGUCAUAGAUGCCACCGGCAAGUUUGUUAUGCCAGGAGGCAUUGAUCCUCAUCCUCAUCUGGAGUUUGAGUUUAUGAACACUGUAUCAGUGGAUGACUUCUUCAGUGGCCAGGCCGCAGCAUUGGCUGGUGGGACGACAAUGCACAUUGUCUUUAUUUUUCCAACUAAUGGGAGUUUAAAGGCCGGUUUUGAAGCCUACGAAAAGAAGGCAAAGAAGUCUUACAUGGAUUAUGGUUUCCAUAUGGCUGUUACCAAAUGGGAUGAAACUGUUUCGAGAGAAAUGGAGCUCAUGGUCAAGGAGAAAUGUAUCAACUCUUUCAAGUUUUUCUUGGUGUACAAAGGAUUUGCUAUGGUCAAUGAUGUACGUCUUCUGGAAGGAUUUAAAAAGUGCAAGUCUCUUGGUGCCUUAGCCAUGGUCCAUGCAGAAAAUGGAGACGCUGUGAUUGAAGGGCAAAGGAAGAUGAUAGAGCUUGGAAUAACUGGACCCGAGGGGCACGCUCUUUCUAGGCCUGCAGUGACCAAACGUGAACCAAAAGAUUUAUGGCAGGAACCUUUGGUCCCUGCUUCUUCUUGGACACCAUGUUCUGAUCAGCGAAGUUGGGAACCUAAUGGUAUGAAAUUUGAAUCAUCUAUAAAAAAUUUCAGCAGAAGUAUCCACUUCUUCCUGCUAUCCAAUCUGAAAGUGACACAAGACCUAUGUAUUUUCCAAUGAAGCUUUGCCAAAUUGAGUCUGGACAGCGGUACUCCAAAAGAUUGAAUGAAGAGCAAGUAACCAAUCUUCUAAGGGCUACCUGCCAGCGUCCUCAUCAGAGAGAACAAGAUAUUAAAAAUAUCGUAAAGCAGCACCGCUUCAACU